GUAGCGCGAAAUAACCACCGCCGAGAAUAGAAAGAAUUUCCCAAUGUUCUCCCUCAGUCUUACCCCUGCAGCUCACCACUUGCAUCUCCUCAGCUCCGGUUACUUCCCGGCUAGAAUUCUGAUCAGUUCCUUCACCGUCCGAUCUUCUUCAAGUCUUCAGGAGGUCGAGAAGUCUUCGGAAUCAUCACCAGACGGGAAAGACCUUAGUUCCGAGCUUUACGCUUCGGUUCCGUUGCCUCCUAUUAAGAGUGCAAAGAGAGUGGUUCUGGUCAGGCAUGGACAGAGCACGUGGAAUGCGGAAGGUAGAAUUCAAGGAAGCUCCAAUUUCUCUGUUCUCACUAAGAAAGGGGAGGCUCAGGCGGAGACCUCUCGCCAAAUGCUCAUCGAUGAUGCGUUUGAUGUCUGCUUUAGCAGCCCCUUAGUGCGAUCAAAGAGAACUGCGGAAAUUAUAUGGGGUGAUCGUGAGGAGGUGAUACUUACGGAUUCUGAACUAAGGGAAAUAGAUUUAUAUUCAUUUCAAGGUCUACUCAAGCACGAAGGGAAGGAAAAAUUUGGUGCUGCUUAUCGUCAAUGGCAGGUAGAUGCUGCAAAUUUUCAGAUUGAUGGCCACUAUCCAGUGAGGGAGUUGUGGGCUCGUGCUCGAAAUUGCUGGGAUAGAAUUCUAGCCCAUGAGAGCAGGUCUGUUCUAGUGGUUGCUCACAAUGCUGUCAAUCAGGCUCUUGUUGCCACAGCUAUUGGAUUAGGAUCUGAGUACUUCAGGGUUUUACUUCAGAGCAACUGUGGUGUUAGUGUUCUUGAUUUCACUCCCCAUGCUGAGGGUGGAUCUCCAAUUAUUUGUUUAAACCGUUUAAAUCAGACCCCGAACUCACCUGUUGCUUCUGGUAGUUCUGGAGGCAGGAAAGCAACAAAAAGGAUCAUACUUGUUUGCCAUGGAGUUUCCGAGGAUAAUAAGGUUUGGUACUUAAUUGAUGGUUCUGUGGAACUUUUCAUGAAUUCAUUGUGCCUGCCAAGUGCCAGUUCUUCCUUCUUGGAGGACAAGCCAAUGAACAUUCUUGGGGUUAUACAGUCCCAGAAAGUUGCAGAGCUCCUUCUUGAUCUAAAAGUGAGCGCUGUAAUAAGCAGUCCCAAGAAAGCUUGUGUAGAGACGGCUGUAGCAAUUUCCAGGGUACAAGAAGCUGCAGAUUGCUUGGGUGCUGAUUGUGUGCCUCGCUAUGUGGAGAUGAAGCAGACGAAUAAACUUGAUGUAGAGAAUAUUCCCGAUCAUUUCAACCAGGAUGUAGGUGACGUUAAUGUCUUUGAACCUGGUUGGUUAAACAAAUUGAACGAUGGGGUGAUUACAGAAGUGUGGAAUCAGAGUGGCGAAGCCUGGAAGUCUCUAUUGAAUGAGAUGGCUGAUGAAAAGGAUCCGGAAAAGAUUGUUGUUGUGGUUGGUCAUCCUGCCAUUCUUUUAGGAUUGGUGGGGCAGUGCCUGAAUCUCACAAAAGACUGGAUUGGAUCAUUUCACCUGGAUGCUGGAAGUAUUAGUGUGCUUGACUUCCCUGAUGGACCUAGUCGCAAAGGUGUGGUUCGAUGCAUAAAUUACACUGCUCAUAUGGGAAGAUGGUCAAUUCCCAUUACUAGACCUACCGUGGAUGAUGAAGAGUUUUAACGGUGAUGGACAGAAAACGCUAAAAGGAACUCAAAACUUCUACAGAAUUCGCCGGAAAUGUCGAUGCCUCAAAUUGCCACAUGCAAGAAAACCUAGGGUUUGUUUGAGAGAGAAUCUCGAGGCUACCGCAAAGAGGGGUUGAAGAAAAAGAGAGUGAGCAGUGUCAUUAUGUUAGUUGUUUUGUAAGUUUGUCAGUUAAAUAGUAUAUUCUGAUACUUUUAUUUAAAUAGUAUUUAUGUUGUACGUUUUAGAUCAGUAAUUAUAAUAAUAUUUCUAGAAAAGAAAAUUUUAAAUUAAAAAAAUGUUUAGAGUUUA